AUGGCAGUUGCGAAGAAACCCGUGGCUAAGAAAGCCCAACUUAACCAAAAGAGUGGUAAAAAAGGCGUCAAGGGUAGCAAAAUCCGCGGCAAGGGACAGAGAAGGAAAAUCAGUCUUAAGUUUGCCAUUGACUGCACGCACCCAGCCGAAGACAGCAUCUUGGAAGUAGCCAACUUCGAGAAGUACCUCAAAGAACGUGUUAAGGUUGAGGGGAAAACAAAUAACCUAGGCAAUCACGUUGUCAUCGCGAGGGAUAAGACUAAAAUUAUCAUCAAUGCAGACAUUCCCUUCUCCAAGAGGUACCUGAAAUACUUGACAAAGCGUUACCUCAAGAAGAACAACCUCCGUGAUUGGCUGCGAGUGGUCGCCUCGGCUCAUGACUCAUACGAGCUCCGUUACUUCAACAUCAACGCUGACAGUGACAAUGAAGACAAUGAGGAUUAA